GACGUAGGUUCGAAAUUUGAAGAGAAUGCUUUGUGCGAUUUAUUUUUAGAGCAAGAAUGACUCUAGAAAAAAAUAAACCGCAUGUUGGACAAGUUACGUCUUGUGUAAAAAAUUCUGAAAAAAGACAACCGUCACAAAAAUAUUUAAGGCACACUUUAAAGGUUUCUGUGGAGGUUCCAGGUUACAAUCUCAACGCCAAUGUGUGCUGUGAAGUUUGUGUUCUUGAUAAGUUUGGCUGUUGUGGCUAACAGCGCUACUCUUCAAGACCUUAAGCACUUUCUGGAUACGCACGAGAAAGUAUGGAGUCGCUAUAGAAGUUUUGAUGUGGGACCAAAAGCACACCAUCAUAGGUGUAUAUAUGCUGAAAUAAGAAGAACUGAACGUGGUCGAUACGUAUAUGCGCAGCACUACGAAGUAGGACCGAAAUGGGUUAGCCAGUUGUUUGACGCAGAAGCAUUAGAAAGCCGAGCUAAGCAACCUGUACUCCGGAUAAAGCCGAAAAAAGGAGGACAGUUCUAUGAUUACAACUUGCAGUUCUGGUCUGCUGGAGAACGGUGUGCCAUUUUUACUUUUACCCUUCAAGGAGGGAUCGUUUGUGCAAGCCAAAUUGAUGAAGCACACCAUAAAAGCGAACUACGAGUACCGGGCAUGGGGCAUUCCUAGGCCCACAGGACAUGGAGAAUAGUCGGCGAAUUAGCUUACGAUGUCUAUGGGACGUUCUUGCGCACACAAAUUAUUUGUUCGAGAUUAUUUCCAGUAUGUACAAACUGGAAAUGGGGAUCUCACGUGACCGUUUAGACUAAACAACAGUAUCUUCCAUGUGGCACUUGCUGAAAAACACUUGCGUAAGAAGGCGUUAUCCCUGGGAGACGUGAUGCCUGUUAUGACAUCAUCGACCAUUUGUUCCUUGCAUUUGUUGAAGGUCCUCAACAUCAACUAAAUAAAAAAAUGUCU